CUUGUGGCACUUCGCUGGAGCUGAGGUGGGCCCAUGCGUAAAACCUGAAGUUUCACACGCAGCUGUGCAACAUCGGUGGAAACUUGGCGACGACACUGCUCCUCCUUCACGCAGCCACACGGAACAUAAACAGUGACGGCGAGAGCGGCAGAAAAGUUGGUUGUAUGGCACCGCAGUCGUGCGUAAUGAGUCUUGCGCAGGGAUCACCGCCCUCGGCUGCUCCUGGAGACGCGACGCCGGAGGAUAGAGCCGACUGUGGAGUUGGAACUGACAAAUUGGCGCUGUCACUUGUGAAAAGAUGUAAAAGCAAAAGUUUAGAUCUGCCCUUCAGUGUGGAAUCGCUGAUAUCGGACCGGGCUCCGUGCAGCAGGAGCCUCCCAUCCCCGGAGCCGGAGCCGGAGCGCUGCGGCCGGACGGAGGAGACUGAGUGCGCGUCACCGAGCGGAGUUCACCGCUCCAGAGCGGAGGCCGCGGACGCCGGAGACCCGGACCCGAGCACCUGGCCGCAGGGGCCGUACGCAUCUCCCACCCGACUCCCCAGUCCGCCCCCGUGCAAUCUACGGAAACACAAGAACAACAGGAAACCCAGAACCCCCUUCACAACCUCGCAGCUGCUUUCUCUGGAGAGGAAGUUCCGCCAGAAACAGUACCUCUCCAUCGCGGAGAGAGCAGAGUUCUCCAGCUCACUGAACCUCACAGAGACGCAGGUCAAGAUCUGGUUUCAGAACCGCAGGGCCAAGGCCAAGAGACUGCAGGAGGCCGAGCUGGAGAAGCUGAAGCUGGCCGCAAAGCCGCUGCUCCCGGCCUUCGCCUUUCCCUUCCCGCUGGGCGCGUCUGUGGGCGCGCCCGCGGGCCUGUACGGGGCUCUGAACGGACCCCGGCCCGCCCUGCCGGUGCCAGGAUUAUACAGCGGACCUUAUGGGAUGUACUACCUGUCUUAACUUCCACUCACUUUGAACUGAACUGCAAGAGCUGCCCUAGAGAAAUGCCUAAGUGCAGCAAAUAACCGGCCCUGCAAAACAGUCAUUGUUGCGACUACAUCCUCUUAAAAUUACAUAUUCUUAUGACAAAUAUUUUUGUUAUAGUGACAAAUCUAAUUGCUUAAAAAUAUUAUUUUUAAGCAAUAUUGUUUGCAGGAUAAUCUGCCUUAAUUUUGAAGAGUGGGUUUAUUUAAGGAAUAAAACCUGUAAUAAAUCCGGGAAAAAAAAUCCAGAGGACGGUCAAAUAUCACCUUUUAAUUAAAGAAUUUCCCCCAAAAAUGAAUAAAAAAAAAUCCAAGUAAAUUAUUUCGGAACAUGACCAUUUUUGCAGCGCAUUAAUCCAAAUCAUUUUCCGUGAUGGACGCAGACAGAGCCCUUCCUCAGAUGCAUUUUUUUUUAGACUUUGUUGUGUUGUGAGCGUUUCUGUUGCAAAUGAUGUUUUCCUUAAUGCUUUACUGUUGCUCCAUUAACUUUCUUGUCACAGCGAAGAUGCCAUGAUUAUUUAAAGACCAGCAGCUUUGAAAUGAGUGCAAUAACUCAAAACAGUUACUAAAAAGGUACAUGCAAUCUGCUUUAACUCUCAUCCCAGAGGCCUUAGAAAAUGUUCUAUUUUAAAAGGAUAUUUUAAGAAAACACUGGAUAGUGUCAGUCAUGAAAGUUGAUUUACUAACAACCGAUGUAGUCAUACUCGUGAUUUAGCUUUACAGAUCCCUAAGAAACUAAAACACAUAAUUGAAUCACAAGCUAGCACUGAGUGAUAUGUAUCUUCCUGGCUAAAAAUACGCCCUUAGUUAAGUAGAAAAUAUCACAUUUGCAAUUAAAUGUAGAGGGAAAUAUCCUCCAAUCACUCACCAGUCUAAAACAACACUUUUUGACUAAUAUAUUUACUUUAAAACAGACUUACACUGCUCACUUUUAAAAAAUAUUAAAAAACUUAAGUUACACUUCUUAGUGACCUAGAGCCCCCUACAACCUGAGAAGAAGCCAUUAUUAAAUAUGGAUAAACCUGAAUAAAAUCGCUGUUUAACUCUAAAAUUAAACAACAAACACUUCCAGGACAAAUAUCGGUGCCUUUUAUAUGCUGUUGAUGAUACCUGUAUUAUUAAAAUAGGCUUUUACAGGUUUCGUCCUCAAAUGUUGAAUUUCUAAAAAGACAUUAUUUCUGCUUCUAAAGUGUUAACGAAUUCCCAUAUUUCAGAGACACUUAUCAACAUUUAAGUGUUCAACGCCUUAAAAGAAGAAUGUUUUUGCACAAGUUGAGACCUCCCAAGACCAUUUCAUUUUGUUACUAAAUGCAAGUAAAACCUCAUGUUUUUUUUGUUUUGCAUACAUUCGAAGUGCUAAAUAUGACUGAAAGACCUACAGCAGUCAUUAAUGUACAGUGUAUUUGAUAUUUCAAGAGUUAAAACAUGUUUUGUACAAUUAUUAAAGUCUAUUGCAUA